AUGUCAGCCCUUCCAGCGGACGUUAAUUCUACUUUAAUCAGCGUUCUGACUGGUUUUGCAUCUCCAGAUAAUAGCAUUCGAGCCGCUGCAGAAGAGACUUUGAAUGGAUCGUGGAUCACACCAGAAAAUAUCGAUGUCUUGCUCAUUUUUCUGUCGGAACAAGCUGCGUUUUCGGGAGAACUAACUUUAGCGGCACUUUCAGCAGUACUAUUUCGGAAAUUAGCAUUACGGGCUCCACCAUCGUCCAAGACAGUUAUAAUCGCCAAAAACAUCACGCAUAUCAGCAAUGAGGCUCUUACGCAGAUUAGAAAUACCCUUUUGAAAGGCUUUAUUGCCGAGAGACCAGGAGGUAUAAGACAUAAGCUUUCAGACGCAAUUGCCGAGUGUGCACAAGAAGAUUUGCCUGAAUGGUCUGAUCUUUUACAGACUUUAUUCGAAGCUAUCAAAAACCCGGAAGCAAGUUUCCGGGAGUCUAGUUUCCGCAUUUUGACAAAUGUUCCGCAUCUGAUCAACGCGCUAGAUUUUUCGAAUGUUGUACCUAUUUUUGAAGCUGGUUUCACUGAUGAGAACGACAACGUCAAAAUCGCCGCUGUCACCGCUUUCGUUGGGUAUUUCAAGCAACUUCCUAAGGCACACUGGGCUAAACUAGGUGUUCUUCUCCCUAGUCUGCUUAACAGUUUACCCAAAUUUCUAGAUGACGGUAAGGACGAUGCUUUGGCAUCUGUCUUUGAGUCGUUAAUUGAGCUAGUUGAACUGGCACCUAAACUUUUCAAGAGCAUGUUUGAUCAAAUGAUACAAUUCACUGACAUGGUUAUCAAAAAUAAAGAUUUGGAAACCUCUGCCAGAACCACUGCUUUAGAACUACUGACUGCUUUCAGCGAAAGCGCUCCGCAGAUGUGCAAAUCAAACAGCGAAUACGCCAAAUCCAUAAUCAUGAACACGUUGGUGAUGAUGACUGAAGUGUCGAUCGAUGACGAUCAGGCGUCAGAAUGGCAAAACUCGGACGACACAGAGGAGGACGAGGAAGAAGUUACUUAUGAUCACGCUCGUCAAGCUUUGGACCGUGUCUCGUUGAAACUGGGCGGCAAGUUCUUGGCGCCUCCUCUUUUUCAGUUUCUUCAACAAAUGAUAGCCUCAUCUGAAUGGCGUGAAAGAUUUGCAGCUUUAAUGGCUUUGUCAUCUGCUGCAGAGGGCUGUAGAGACGUUCUCAUGGGUGAAAUACCCCGAAUUCUCGAUAUAAUUAUUCCGCUAAUAAGCGACCCCCAUCCAAGAGUUCAAUACGCUUGUUGUAACUCUUUGGGUCAAAUAUCGACGGAUUUUGCGCCUUUGAUUCAGAGAACUUCUCACGAGCGAAUUCUACCCCCACUGAUCUCUAAAUUGACGCCUCAAUCGGUGGAUAGAGUUCAGACCCAUGCCGCUGCGGCCCUCGUGAACUUCUCUGAGCAUGCUACACAAACCAUAUUGGAACCUUAUCUCGACGAUCUGCUCAGCAACUUAUUGACACUCCUCCAAAGCUCCAAGUUUUACGUUCAAGAGCAAGCAUUGACUACCAUUGCAUUUAUCGCUGAGGCCGCAGAAAAGAAAUUUAUAAAAUAUUAUGACACCCUCAUGCCCUUGCUAAUUAACGUUUUGAAGGCCGAUACGGGCGCGGCAAACAGGCUUCUGAAGGGGAAAUGUAUUGAAUGUUCUACACUAAUAGCGCUUGCAGUCGGAAAGGAGAAGUUCGCAGCCCAUUCCCAAGAGCUGAUAGAACUUUUCAUUAAUUACCAGGAUCAGGGAAUCGAAGAUGAUGACCCCAUUAAGUCCUACUUAGAACAUGGCUGGAGUAGAAUAUGCCGUAUUCUUCGUGAGGAAUUUGUACCUCUACUUCCUAUCGUUAUUCCACCUCUUCUUGAAACUGCAAAAGCAACUCAGGACGUGAGUCUGAUCGAAGAGGAAGAAGCGACGAAUUUUCAGCAAUAUUCUGAUUGGGACGUGGUUCAAAUUCAGGGUAAGCAUAUUGCCAUUCACACUUCCAUUUUGGAUGACAAGGUUUCCGCAAUGGAGCUUUUGCAAGUCUAUGCCACCAUCCUGAAGAAUUUUUUUGCGGUCUACGUUGCUGAGAUUAUGAAAGACAUUGCUGUGCCAUCGAUCGAUUUCUACUUGCACGACGGAGUUCGAGCCACUGGAGCUGGAUUGAUACCUCUUUUAUUGUCCGCCCUUGUAGCUGCCACGGGAGUUCAAAAUACUGACGUCCUACAGCUAUGGCAUUUAUCUUCGACGAAACUCCUUAGUGGCAUAAUUUCAGAGCCAAUGCCAGAAAUCACCCAAAUCUACCACACCGCCCUUAUUGAUGGUGUGGCGAUAAUGGGUGAAAACUGUAUGAGUGAAGAGCAACUGGUACAGUACACUAAAGGUGUUUCUGCAAAUCUGUCUGAUGUGUACGAGCGUGUCAAGAGUCGUCAGAAUCAAGACGAUGAGUACAACGAGGAUGUUGAAGACGAUUUUGAGGACUAUGCAGACGAGGACCUUCUAGAUGAUAUCAACAAAUCUCUUUCAGCAAUUUUCAAAGCGAGCCGUGGUGCAUACAUUGCUCAGUUCCAAGCCAUAUGGCCGCUAGUCAUUACUUAUUUGAGAGACAGUGAGGUUAUCCUUGUUUUGUUUGCCUUGUGUGCUAUCGGAGACAUGGUUCACAACGCGGGUCCGCACACAGAGCCCUUCAAAAGUAAUUUCAUCAACGAGGUCAGGGAAUACCUUGUAUCUCCCGAUGCUUCCGUCCGUCAAGCUGCGUCUUAUGUCGUCGGAGUGUGCGCACAGAGCGCUCCAAACGUUUACUCUCAGGAAUGUCUGAGCUCCCUAGAUGUGCUGUUCCAAGUCCUUUCCAUUCCGGACGCCAAAUCGGAGGAGAACAUCACUGCAACUGAAAACGCUUCAGCAGCGGUCGCUAAGAUUCUGCAUAGCUAUUCUGCCAACCUUCCUAAUGUGGACAACUAUGUGGCCGGGUGGCUUAAGUCCUUCCCUAUCUUGCAGGAUGAAGAGGCCGCUGCUUUUAAUUACAGAUUCCUUGCCCAUCUCAUCGAUUCCAAUACCGCUGCAAUUACUGAACGUUCCAGAAUUCCUCACAUCAUUGACUGCGUCGUCCAAGCUCUUCACCAUAAAUCACUAGUUGGUAAGAAUGCUGCCGCCGUCGUUGAAUCUACGAAAAAACUUCUUGGCACUCUCCCUCAAGAGGAAGCCAUGGCUCUUUUCCAAAGGUAUCCCCCCGACAUUGUUCAAGAAAUUCAGGGCUGGUUUGCCUAA